UCGUGGAACUUAAUGUUAGAUAUAAUCACUGAUUACUUAUCGCAACCUUUGCAGCUACUUCAAUAUCUAAGUAUCACUGUGAUUCUUUAGUCGUAGUCUUUUAUCCUCACGUUAGUGAUAGGCAUGGCUUCUCCUGAACGGUUACCGGGCUACGGGAUUAAUUAUGAUAACUACCCCUUCAAAGACACGCUGGACUGGUUUGUUCACGUUCGCUCCCCUGCGGAUGCGUUCGCUGCUCAACCGUCUUACCUCCUCUCCGAGUAUACGUUCUACGUCAUAGGGCUCCUUACCCUCGUACAUUCGUUCAUCGUAGGUGGACGUUGGAAGUACCUGUGGUUGGGGUGCGUGUUCCACGGCAUCACGACUGAGCUUGUAUGCUUCGCGCUGCCUGACAUCGACAACUACUGGCACUCCCAGACCACCGUCAUGCUCGUCGGCAGGAGGUUGCCCCUGCAUAUUCCUCUCAUAUACCCGUCGUUCAUGUACCCAGCCGCGUACGCUGUAGCGCACCUGAGACUGCCUAGAUGGGCCGAGCCGAUGGCCGCUGGUCUGGUGGAGGUGCUCGUCGACUUGCCAUACGACAUCGUGGCGGUGAAGUUCCUACACUGGACGUGGCACGACACUGAUCCCAGCAUUUACGACCGACAUUACAGCGUGCCUUGGAACUCUUAUUACUUCCAUCUAACUUUUGGCACGGCAUUUACUUUUGCUAUUCACUUCUGGAGGAGGAAAAUCACCGGCAAUGAUGAUAAGAGCCGAUCUUCCGGGUUUAUUAAGGAGACACUAUGCGCCUUGCUCGCUGGUCUGUGUGGCAUGCCGGGAGGUGUGCUGCAGUUCAUAUUCCUGUACCACCCCCUGCACGACAACUACCUCAUACACACCGAGAACUGCUUCUUCUUCAUAGUCGUUCUCUACAUCCUGAUCGUCUGGACCGCGGACAGAUCGCCUGUUUUGGCGUCACGCAGACAAAAAGGCGAGUCCUCGCACUGGUCCGUGUACCUGCUGGUGGUGGGGCUGGUGCUGCACUACUCCCUGUACCUCGGCCUGACUAUCGCAGCGUCGCCGGAGAACGAGGUCUCCAUUGGACUUCACGAGACCGUCGGCGCCUGCGACAAAACUUCCGACGUCAAUACGGCCUUUGGAGCGGUGCUGAAGAAACGCACGUAUCUGUGCGCCAGCGACUACGAUGAACCUUACUUCGAUUUUCACUGCGCGCCUGGAGGUUCGCCCCCGCCAGCCAGCUCGUCGUGGUACACAAUCUGUGGCACGCACUUCGCUAACCGCGCCGAGUACAUCUCCAUGUUGACGGGCAUUUGUGUGGCCGCCAUCUUCGUAUUUUAUAACAUGCUUUUCAAUAGCGCGGGAACGCUCAUUAGUAAAAAGCAGCUGAAAUACACAAACGAUAAAAAGAAAAGAAGUUAAAUCUGAGUGUUCACAGUCCAUUGGAUUAGGAAACAUUGUUUCGUUUACGCAUGAUUCAUAUGUUAAGAUAUCCGUCGCAAAAGCGUAGUCACCCACAUCAAGGGCAUUAGUUUUCAUUAACUUAUUAUACAAUGAACUUUUCACAGUGACGUAAAGAAAAACCGCGAGAUUGUAACUUCCCUAUGAUAAUGCUAGCAAAACUCCCGUAAAGCUGAUUUUAAAAAUGUAUUUCUUCUCAAAUUAAAUCAAAUUAAAUUGUAGAAGAAAAACAGUAUGUGCCAAUUCAACUUGCUGCUUAUUUCGAAAAAUAAUCUCGCACCUAUUGCAAAUAUAAGGUGCGAAAAAAGGUCACAUAUUUUGCUAAAAUUAUAUUAUUUUGUUGCUGGGAUUAAAUAUUUAUUGCUA